UCUUUAUUUCUACUUUUUACUUUUUCUUUCCCAAUUCUUCGACGCUUCGUCUUCAUCUUCUUUUAUUUGCUCAGAGAACACAGCACGCAGAGUCGCAGAUUUUAAUGGCUUUCCCGAUUAAUCAAGGAGACGCCUUCUCUUCUUCCACUCGCCAGUGGGACUACGAUGUCUUCUUGAGCUUUAGAGGUGAAGAUACACGCAAUGGUUUUACUGGACAUUUGUAUCAAGCUUUGUGUGACAACGGUAUCAAUACCUUCGUUGAUAAUGAUCUCGAAAGAGGAGAACAAAUUUCAGUGGAACUUGUCAAAGCUAUUAAAUCGUCAAUGAUUUCAAUUAUUAUAUUCUCCCAAAACUACGCAUUUUCGGCUUGGUGCUUGGAUGAACUUGUCGAGAUUCUUAACUGCAAGCAAAAUGGACAACUAGUUCUACCUGUUUUUUACAAAGUGGAUCCAUCUGAAGUACGUAAGCAACAAGGUAAAUUCAAAGUAGCACUGGCUAAACAUGAAAACAAAUUCAAGGAUAACAUAGAGAAGGUGCUGAGGUGGAGGGCAGCUCUAAAUGAAGCGGCUAGUUUGUCUGGAUGGCAUUAUGAGGAUGGCGGCCCUGAAUACAAAUUCAUCCAACAAAUUAUUGAAAAUAUAUCGUAUACCAAAUUAAAUGGUAGACAAUUAUUUGUUGCUAAAUACCCUGUUGGAUUAAAUUCUCGUGCCAAGGCCAUAGAAUUGCUUUUAGAUAUUAAGGUAAAUGAUGUUCGAAUGGUAGGGAUUCAUGGUCUUGGAGGAAUAGGUAAGACAACUAUUGCAAAAGCUAUUUAUAACAGAAUUUUUGAGCAUUUUGAAGGAAGUUGCUUUCUAGAGAAUGUUAGAGAAAAUUCUAGAACAAAUGAUGGUAUAAUCCAACUACAAGAGAAACUCCUUUCUAAUAUCUUAAGGGAAAACAGUUGAAGGUGGAGAGUGUAGCCCGUGGA